AUGUCUACAGGGUUUUUUUAAAUGCUUCCAGAGAUGGUGAUUCUACCACUGCCCAGGGCAGCAUCUUCCAGAAUGCAACCCCAGCAUGGCACGAGGGAAGCCCUUGGACCCAUGCGGGGUGGUGCUGUGCCCCACGAUGCUGGAGGCCAAAUUCUGCUACUCCCCAGCUUCAGCUCACAUCCAGUAGGACAGAGUCCAGCUUGUUAUUGCUGCUGCUGUUGGCCUCCCCACUUUAUCCUAAGGUGGUCUUCCCUUGGAACUGAAACCAAACAUCCUUCUUGGGACCCAUAUGUCCCCGUCCUGUACACUGCUCCCCUUCCCUCUUGCACCCUCACAGUCCUCCUACUGCUGGCCCAGCCUCCCCACAUGGCUCCUUGCAGGAUGCAGGAUGCCCAAUGAUCACAGCAGCAGCGCACACACAAGCAUGUGAGUGCAAGAAAGGCAGCUGAGUGAAGAGGAAUUUGAGGAAGGUAAGGGGUCAGCACCAGACCUGCUAUGACUUAGUCCUGGGCACAGCUGCAGGGAGGACAUCUUUCACCCUUGACUGGCCACAGAGGCUGUCUUCACGGCAGAAGGGAGAUGCACGCAAGGAGAAGGGUUACAGCUGGUCCUAGUCCCUCUGGGUUUUACUGAUAUGGCAUGGAAAAGGCCUGGAUGUGUUUCUUGUUGAGCUGGAAUCUGUAGAGCAAGGGUGGGGAGGCACCCCCAAACCAUCUCCCUGCCUUCUAUCCCACUCCCCACCCCCUCAGACCCUCCAUGGCCAGGAAUCCAUCUCUCCCUAGCCACCAUCAUGACCCCAGUGUCAGUUUCUCACAAAGACCCCAUUUCUGCAUACCUUGGGCUGCUCCUCAUAUAGCUGGGGGAAAACCUCUGGGACACCCUUUUGGGGAUCAGGGACAUAGCACCUUCCUUUCCCACCGCAGAGCCAUGGGGGUGCUGAUGUCCAGGAGGCAGACGGUGGAGAGGGUGCAGAAGGUCAGCUUGGCCGUGUCAGCCUUCAAGGACGGGCUGCGGGAGCAGCCAUCGACACGGCGUCGGGCGGAGGCGGGGACCGCGCGCCAGGGAACGCUGGAGCAGGAGGUGCAGGAGGGAGAGGAGGAAGCGGUGGCAGGACCUUCCCAGCCAGAGGAGAGCAGCGCCAGCAAGGCAGCCUGGGAGCGGCUGCGGGAUGGCCGGGGCGUGGAGCCAGAGGAGUUUGACCGAGCCAACAGGUUCACACCACCAGCCUUCAUCCGGCCCAAGAGGGAGCUCCACGAUGACGAGCCCCCGGACAUCAGCCUGGAGCAGAGGGAGCAGAUCGUGAAUGAUGAGAUGUGUGAGAUCUGCGAGGUGUGGACAGCCGAGAGCCUCUUCCCCUGCCGCAUCUGCCACCGGGUGUAUCACGACGGCUGCCUGCGCCGCAUGGGGUACCUGCAGAAGGACAGCGCCGUGGAGGUGACAGAGACGGCGCACACCGAGACGGGCUGGAGCUGCUACUACUGCGACAACCUCAAUCUGUUGCUGACAGAGGAAGAGAUGUACAGCCUGAUGGAUACUCUGAAGAACUGCAAGAUCAUCCCAGAGAGCUGCCUGACCCUGGAUGACUUCCUGCACUACAAACACCAAGUGCACAAGCAGCAAUUCGAGCGGACCAUGCCCGAGGCAAAGGAGGAGCAGGCAGCCCUGCAGUUCAACGCCCUGGACCCUGACAAGAAGGGGCACAUCGAGUGGCAGGACUUCCUCUCCCACGAAUCCAUCCAGCUGCUGCAGAAAAUACGGCCGCAGAAUGCCCUUCUGCGGCUGCUGACACCCAAGGAGCGAGAGCGGGCACGGGCAGCCUUCCUGGCCCUGGACCAGGACAAUGACGGCUUCAUUGGGGAGGGUGAGUGCCGCCAGGCCCGGCACACCUGGUUCCGCAAGCACCAGAAGGAGAUGCUGUCCUGCAAUGUCAGCAUCAGUCACGUGGGGCCCAUAUCAGAGGGCAGCCCUGCCAGCAGCAGGAAUGGCAAGAGCCCAGAGAAGAUCCUGCCAGCCACAAAGCAGGAGGAGACCAGGAGCAUCGACUGGCCAGGAUUCCUGCGGGAGAACGUCGCCUACAUCCUGGCCGCGCGCCCCAACAGCGCCGCCCUGCACCUGCAGCCCCUCGCCUAGAGCGUGUCCCCACUGUCCCCCACGCCCUGCAGGGACCACGGUGGGGAAGGGUCCCAUGCCUGGGGUCACCAUGGUGCACAAGGGACAGGGAACAUGGUGUGCCCAUGAUCCCCAUCCCCACAGCACCCAGGGACCUGCAGACAGACCAUGGUCUGCCCUGGGUGCUUGUGGGGUGACAGUGGAACCCAGAGCACCCACGUGUCCCCAGCCUCCCACAGCGCCAUGGGGCAGCACAGCUGAGCCUCUGCGUGCCACAGGCAGCACCCAUGGGUCUGCAGCAAGCAGUGUCUCAGCUCGUCAGCAUGGUGGAUCCUCAGGGGAUGUGGCUGACUCCUUUUGGGGUCUCUCACAUCCCUGCCCUACUCCAACAUGGGUUGGAGCCCAGUAGCUCAUGGCUGUGUCUAGGAGACCAUUCCCUGGCAUGGCUCAACCCUUCCCUGCUGGCAACCAACUAUUUAAUGCCAACAACUAUUUAAUGCCAAGUAGGAAGAAGCACUGGUAACAGAAAGCAUCAGAGGGAUGGGAAGGCAAGGUCAGAUGUAGGGGAACCCCACUAUGUAUCUGAUCUUGCCAGCAGCAUUCCCCUGCAUCCCCCAUCUCCUCCUGUACCCCUGGUUCCAAGGGAUGCUCUUCAUUUGCUUGCCAUUCCAGCCCCACACCAACCCUGUUCAAUCUCACUCUCUACCCACCACAUCAAGUGGACAGCCUUGCCUCACUGGGAGCAUUAGUGCUUGUGGAAAGGAGGAGGAGGCAGAGCCCAGAGCCCCCCCAGGUGUCAGCUGCAGGAAUGAGGCAUUCACUGGGCCUGUUGGCAGCCCUAAGGUAGACAGGUAGAUGGGCACUCAGCCCACAGAUGAGGGAACAGGAAGCCCAGAAACCUUGCCUCAAACAUGCUAGGGUUUGGGAUGCCCAGGUCCCAUGGCAGCCCCAGCAGCUGCUCCUGCCUCUCUAAUCCCUUCCCUCUAGUGCCCUCAGCCUCUCCUUGCCUGGUAAGCCGUGGCUCAGCCAGGGUGUACAAAGACCAGGGGUGCAGUUACAGCAACCUGGUCACUCCCUCACCUCCAUCCCUGAUGCCCUGUGGGCAUCAUCCCAGUCAGCUCCCUUCCCCCAGCCAGGGCACAGUUCCCCUCUCCAGGGUCUCCCCCACUGCAAGACCAGGAGGCGCACCAGUGCCACGACAUCUUCCUCUACCACCCUGGCAUGCCAGGCCAAUGGGGAUAUUUUGGAUGCCAGGUCCGAGAUGUGGCCAGAGCGCCAAUGGGGAUAUUUCGGAUGCCAGGUCCGAGAUGUGGCCAGAGCCAUGGCGAGGAGGCGGCCGUGGGUGCAUGGGUUGCAACUCCCUACCUGUACUGAGAUACAUUCAUUAAACAGCUGUGUCCAGCUAGCCUCUG